AUGCGAGGAGUAUUCGUUCUCCCGCAUGGCCGACUAUCACGCCAGCCUACAACGAAACGUAUCGCAAGCUUGCCAAACGCAGCACUCUUGAACGGAAUUGCGUUUUCUCGUCCUAGAUCCGACCAUCUUCUUGUCGCAGAUACAUUCCGUGGCCUUGUCUGGAACGUCAAUGUCAAGAAGGGGAGUGUUGGGGUAACACUCAACGACACAACGACCAAAGGUUCCGCUUCCAAUCCCCCCGGGAUCAAUGGCGUCAAAGUCCAUAAUGGAUCUUUAUAUUGGACGAAUACGGGGCAAAGCAAAUUGUAUAAAGUCGAAAUCGAUGAGAAGGGUAAUGUGUCGGAUGGGUGCAAGGCGCAAGUUGUUGCGGCGAAUCUUGGUUGUGAUGAUUUUGUUUUGGAUUUUGACGGGAAUGUAUAUGUCGCUUCUCCGUUGGGUGUUGUUACGAAAGUUAGUCCUACUGGCCAGCAGGAAGUCAUUGCAGGGAAUUCGACUGGAAGUAAUAAGCUGAAUGGUCCUACGGCUGUUGGGUUUGGUCGGUUGGCGUCUGAUCGAUGGAGUUUGUAUGUCACGACUGAUGGAGGCCUACCACAGUUUGGAGGUCCUGUUAAUGGGACUGAGGGUGUUUCAAGGAUCGACUUGGGGAUCACAUCUGCUUCGUAUUAG